GCUUCAAAAUACAUCCCUGAUAUCUGUGUUAUUAGGGCAGUACAAAAAAUUGUUUGGGCAUCAGGUUGUGGGUCAGUUCAGCUGGUUUUCAGCUCGAAUGAGGAAAUUAGUAAAAUCUAUGAAAAGACAAAUGCAGGAAAUGAACCAGACAUGGAAGAUGAACAAGUUUGCUGUGAAGCAUUGGAGGUGAUGACCCUGUGUUUUGCUUUGAUUCCAACAGCACUGGAUGCACUCAGUAAAGAAAAGGCAUGGCAGACGUUUAUCAUUGAUUUGCUAUUGCAUUGUCACAGCAAAACUGUUCGUCAGAUGGCACAGGAGCAGUUCUUUUUAAUGGCUACCAGGUGUUGCAUGGGACAGAGACCUCUCCUUUUCUUCAUUACCCUGCUGUUUACUGUUCUAGGGAGUACUGCAAGAGAGCGAGCUAAGCAUUCUGGAGACUACUUCACUCUCUUAAGGCAUCUUCUUAACUAUGCUUACAACAGUAAUAUUAAUGUACCCAAUGCUGAAGUUCUUCUCAAUAAUGAAAUUGACUGGCUUAAGAGGAUUAGGGAUGAAGUAAAAAGAACAGGGGAAACAGGUGUUGAAGAAACUAUCUUAGAAGGUCACCUUGGAGUAACAAAAGAGUUGUUAGCAUUCCAGACGCCUGAGAAGAAAUACCAUAUUGGUUGUGAAAAAGGAGGUGCUAAUCUCAUUAAAGAGUUGAUAGAUGAUUUCAUCUUUCCGGCAUCCAAUGUUUAUCUACAAUACAUGAGAAAUGGAGAAUUGCCUGCUGAGCAGGCCAUACCAGUCUGUAGUUCACCAGCUACUAUUAAUGCUGGCUUUGAGCUACUAGUUGCACUAGCAGUUGGAUGUGUCCGAAAUCUGAAACAGAUAGUAGACACCUUGACUGAAAUGUAUUACAUAGGUACAGCAAUCACUA